UUUCAUCUUUGGUCUGAGAGUCUCUGUGAUAUUUUCCCACAACUUACAUGUGUGUUGCAUGUAUUGUUCACUUCAAGUUUACGAGUUUAUGUUGACAAUCAAUGACAUUGCAGUUACAGCAAGUGCUGCAUGUAAUAAUGCUCCGAGCUGAUUGAGAAGUCCUCAUCAAGAUUGACAAGCAAGUGCUAUACACCUCUCAUAUCUAAGGUUUCAGGAUUUGAAAUCAGAGAUGGAUCCAGAAAGAUCAGUAGAGGAUCAAUUCUCCAAGCUGCAUCCUUCCAUGCCAGUAAACACCAGAAUUGGAAUAGUGGGUGCUGGUCCAAGUGGCUUAUCAGUUGCUUAUGCACUGGCCAGACUUGGUUAUAAUAAUAUCACUGUCUUGGAGAAGCAUCAUACAGUUGGUGGCAUGUGUGAAUCAGUUGAAAUUGAAGGAAAAAUAUAUGAUCUAGGUGGCCAAGUUUUGGCUGCAAGCAGUGCUCCUGUCAUCUUUCACUUGGCAAAAGAGACAGGCUGUACACUAGAAGAAAUGAACUCCCACAAGCUUGCUGUUAUUGACAGCUCCUCUGGAAAAUACCAAGAUGUUAAAGUUGCUGAUGAUUAUGUAUCUGUUAUGUCACUAACAUUGCAAAUCCAAGAAAAGGUGAAGAAUUCUGGUCGUUUUGGGGUUCAUGCUCUCAGUGAAGUUGCUUCAGACUUAGCUCCAGAUUAUCUUGAGCGUCAAGGACUUAAAUCUGUUCCUAAAUCUGUGGCUUAUGGUUAUACUGCUUCAGGAUAUGGAUUUAUUCAAGACAUGCCUUAUGCUUACAUUCAUGAAUUUACCAGAACUUCCAUGGCUGGAAAAAUUCGACGAUUCAAAGGUGGAUAUACAAGUCUUUGGCAGAGGAUUGCUGAAUCAAUUCCAAUAAAACUUCACUAUAGCACUGAGGUGUUGGCAAUCAGGCGGAACUCUGACACUGUCACUGUUAAUGUCAAGGGCUCAAAUGAAAUCGAAACUAUGGAAUUUGAUAAGAUCAUAAUCUCUGGUAACUUUCCAUUAAAAUAUGGAAGAACUUAUAGAUCGGCGCCUUCAACUUGCUUAGGUAUGUAA